CCUGAAAGAUGAUAAAACGACGGCAACAAGCAAACCACCAAGUCACUUUCUUCAUUCCUCCCUCUUCACGCUUCUUCUUCUUCCUCUUCAUAUUCAUUCUUCCAUGGCCACCGUCUCCUCCUCCUCCCCCUCUUCUCCCUGGCCCAACCCUAAUCCCGAUUCCACGUCUCCCUCAGAUUCCCACUCCCACCACCGCGAUCGUGGAGACGACGCCGAGCCUCUCGAUUCCUUCUCCUCAAUGACUCUCAACUCCGAAGAUCCCAAUCACAACCCCGAUCCGAUUCAAACCCCUUCCUCUCCACCCGCGCCGGAUUCGCCGGCGACGCCUCCUCCAUCCCUCCUCCACCUCUCCUUCAACCAAGACCACGCCUGCUUCGCCGUCGGCACCUCCCGCGGCUUCCGCAUCCUCAACUGCGACCCCUUCCGCGAAAUCUUCCGCCGCGAUUUCGACCGCGGCGGCGGAGUCGCCGUCGUGGAGAUGCUCUUCCGAUGCAACAUCCUAGCCCUCGUGGGCGGCGGGCCCGACCCCCAGUACCCUCCCAGCAAGGUCAUGAUCUGGGACGAUCACCAGAGCCGGUGCAUCGGCGAGCUCUCCUUCAGGUCCGACGUUAGGUCCGUAAGGCUCAGGAGGGAUCGGAUCGUUGUCGUUCUUGAGCAGAAGAUCUUUGUCUACAACUUCGUGGACCUCAAGCUGAUGCAUCAGAUCGAGACGAUCGCGAAUCCUAAGGGGCUGUGCGCUGUCUCUCAGGGUGCUGGUGGCUCGAUGGUGUUGGUGUGCCCUGGCUUGCAGAAAGGGCAGGUGAGGAUCGAGCAUUAUGCUUCUAAGCGGACUAAGUUCGUCAUGGCUCAUGAUUCGAGGAUUGCUUGCUUCGCUCUCACGCAAGAUGGGGGUUUGUUGGCUACGGCUAGCUCUAAGGGGACUCUUGUUCGGGUGUUUAAUACUGUUGACGGCACCUUGCGCCAAGAGGUUAGGAGGGGUGCAGAUAGAGCGGAGAUAUAUAGCCUCGCUUUCUCUUCAAAUGCUGAAUGGCUAGCUGUCUCAAGCGACAAAGGAACUGUCCAUGUCUUUGGUCUCAAAGUCAACUCCGGCUCUCAAGUGAAAGAGACACCCCCAAUUGCAGCUGAACUUACCCGCUCUUCCUCAUCCCCAUCAUCCUCUCUGUCAUUAUUCAAAGGAGUGUUGCCGAAGUAUUUCAGCUCGGAAUGGUCGGUGGCUCAGUUCAGAUUGGUUGAAGGAACUCAGUACAUAGUCGCGUUUGGUCAUCAGAAGAACACUGUUGUUAUUCUUGGCAUGGAUGGGAGCUUCUACAGAUGCCAGUUUGAUCCAGUGAACGGGGGAGAAAUGUCUCAGCUUGAGUAUCACAACUGUCUAAAACCACCUUCUGUUUUCUAGAUGCAAUCUAUUUUCUUUAGUUCCUUCCUUGUCUAUCUCUGCUACUUAAAGUUGUGAGAGUUGGUGCAACCAUACGGUGUUAAUGUAUAUAGUUUGUGUGAAUAAUAAUAACACAAACGAUUUGUAUAUUUUGUAAAACCUUUGAUCUUUAACCAAAACUGAUUCGUAUAUA